AUGAGUGGCGAUAACCAUAUACUAGAUGCGUCUAUCAUCAAGGAUUUAUCCAAUCAUAUUUACGAGAAGCGUAAGGCCACAGCUUUCCAAAUUGAGUCUCUCACCAAACAUGCUUUGUCUGAUAAUGAUAGUCAAACAAUUUACAAGAUCAUUGGCGAAUUGACAGAAUUGACCGUAAGCGGUAGUAAUACUGGUAAGAUGGGUGCCAUAACUGCAUUGGGAAGUGUUUCUGUUGCCUUGGGGUCGUUUGCCAUUGCAUACUUUUUGGAGGAAAUAGUUAAACCAAUAUUUGUGACUUUCAGAGACACAGAUGCUAGAGUGAGAUAUUAUGCUUGUGAAUCACUUUAUAACAUUUCCAAGAUUGCCAGAGGUGAGAUCUUACUUUAUUUUAAUGAAGUAUUUGAUGUAUUGUGUAUUUUGGUAACAGACACUGAAUCAUCUGUUAAGAAUGCAGCCGAUAUUUUAGAUCGCUUGGUUAAAGAUGUUGUUAGUGCCAAAUCUACCAAUUAUGUAUCAAUAUUGCAUCAUCAAGAAACACCAAAUGAAAUACAGUCUCAUUUAGUGGAUGCUAACGGUGAUGCUAUUCAAAUCAAUAACAUUCAAGAUCCUCAAAAGGCGUUUUCAUUACCGAAAUUUAUCCCAACGUUAUUGGAAAGAAUACAUACAAUUGACCCCUUUGCCAAAAAGUUUUUAAUAAGCUGGUUAGAACUCUUUGAUGCCAUUCCUUCCUUGGAAUUGAUUACAUUUCUUCCUAAUUUCUUAAAACCAUUGAUUACUUUUUUAAUGAACAAUGCUCCAUCCGAUGUUCGUUUAGAGACCGAAAACUUGAUGAAUAUUUUUUUGAAAGAGAUUAUAUCUAUUUCAAAAGUUAAGAUUGAAGCUAAAAGAAAGCAAUUGUUAAAGGAUAAACACCGCCAAUUGAAGGAACAACAACGGAAAACAGAUCAAGAAUCAACAAAGCAUAAUGAGGGUUCCUUAGAGAAAGAUGUUAAGAAUCUAAAUCUUGAAUCAAGUGGUGAAGGCAAUGAGGUUGAUGACAAAACAUCAAUAAAGUCAACUGAUACAACAAUUAUGAGACCCCAAAAGCAGAAUAAUGCAGUAGAUGACAAUAACUCAGCUACAGAUUCUUUUGAAGACGAUGAAGACGAAGGACUUUAUUUAAGUGGUCAAGAUAUUUUCAUUGAUUUCCCAAGUAUAAUCAGCAUUUUAUUUGAGUUUUUACGUCCCAAUUCCCUUGAAGCAACGGAAAUGUCUCGCGAGAGCCAUGAUAUAUACUUGGAAAUUCAAUUUAUUGUUUUGAAAUGGCUUCAAGAGAUCUUAUUGAUUUCACCCACAAGUUUCAUCAAAUGCUUUCCCGAUUGUAUAUCAAUAGUGAUUAAAAAUCUUGCUAUAAGUGAUUCGAGAAAGGAUUAUGAGCUUAGAGCCCAAUUACUUGGAUUCAAUAACUCUCUUCAAAGCUUCCUUGUUAGUGUCACACGCAUUAUUGAAUUUAAUUCAGAAGAUGAAGAUACUGAAGUUGAUUCAGAAUAUACCAAAAACAUUCUUUUAGGAUUGAAUCGAGAUGUUUAUGAUGAGUUUUUGGAAUUUCAAUUAGGAAAAACGAAGAAUACUAUUAUUCAAGAAUGUCUCACUUCCAAUAACGAAUUAGCUCGAAUAACUUCCUUGGAUUGGCUUACACUUCUUUACUCCAAAUACAAGCAACAUUUCUUUGAUGUAAACUCCCAAUUGGAUCUUACAGUCCUAUUGAGGUUUACAUCAACCGCAAGUAAUGAAGUUGUUCUCAAAUUGCUCCAUUUUCUAUCUAAGAUGUCUGAAAGUAAUGAAAGCUUCUUUAAGGAAUUUAUUAAAAAAUUAGUGGCUUAUUUCAAAACAGAAUUAAUGGACAAGACUAUGACCUCUAAUAAUAGAGGAGAAUUUGUGAUUAGAAAAUUAUGUUUUGUUUUAAGUUCAGAAAAGAUAUAUAAAGCCUUUUCAGAAGCAUUGACAAAUGAAGAAGAUAUGAAUUUCUUAAAGGUUAUGAUUGAUACUUUGAAUCGGAUCUUAUUGACCACUCACGAGUUGGCUCACUUCCGUAAGAAACUUAAAAAUUUGGACCCUGCAAAACCAGAUGAUUUAUCGUUAUUCUCCACACUUUUCCAAAGCUGGUCUCAUAGUGCAUCUAGUGCGUUAUCCUUAUGUCUUCUUACAUCAAAUUAUGAAUUGGCAUUUCUUAUAAUUCAGAAUCUUAGUGAAACCGAAGUUGAUUUUGAAUUAUUAACUCAAUUGGAUAUUCUCAUUCAAUUAUUGGAAUCACCAAUAUUCCUCAAAUUAAGAUUACAAUUAUUAGAGCCAGAAAAAAAUCCUUAUUUAUAUAAAUCCCUUUUUGGGAUUUUAAUGAUUCUUCCACAAUCUUCAACGUAUAACACUUUGAAAAAUAGACUUUCUGCAUUGAAAAGUAUGCCUACAUUACCUUCAACCAUUGUACCCACGGUUUCUUCACCAACUCCCUCAGUUAGUGGAUCAACAGUUAAUUCAAGUAAUGCUGCAUUCUCAUUGAAGAGAAAACGGUUGAUUGAAAUGAUCGAUAUCUUUGCUAAAGUUCAAGAUAAACACCAUCAAUUUACUAUAGAGUCAUCCAUGAAGCAACCACAAUACAAAGAGUCCAUUCAAGAUCAAAGAUCAGAGUUGUAUCCAAGUUAUGGUGCCAGUAUUUCGGAGUUCAAUGACGCUUCAUCAAAAACUACUGCCAAUAGGAGAGUGUGA